CAACAAAGUCUUCAUCUUCAGCAUCUUCCUUUGUCCUCUCUAUAUCUCUCUCAAAACAAAAAGGAAGUCCAUCUCUCUCUCUCUCUCUCUCUCUUCAAUUGCAGCAUUAAUGGUUUCUGUUAUGCACAGAAAUAACCCACCUUUCCUUUGCAAUUUCCUCUCCAAUUCUGUCCAAAAUCAGUGAAUUUGGUCUCGAUUUGGUCGAUCUGUGAAAGAUCCAGGUGACUGUUUCCCCCUUUUUUGUUUCUUAAAUUGAUGGCCAGGUUCAGUGAAUUUAUUAAUUAAGUGCUCUAAUCUUGUUUCCAAAAGUGCCAGAAUUCACGAUGUAUUUUCCUUUUGGUUCAUGCGCUUUUAAUUCUGUUGCUGGAUUCUGGGUGUGAGAGAUCUCCAAGUUUUUUUAAGUGAUUUUAGCUGUUAAAAAUCCCUUUUUUGGGUGUUUUUUCUAUGUUCAGAGAGAGGCAUCAAUCAAUUUCUAUUGGGAAUAAUGGGUCUUAGAUGACAACCCAGAUAAAAAAAUCCCAAAUUUUUUCUUAGGGUUUCUGGGUUUUGUUGAAAUCUUUGGGAUGGAGCUUCCGAAGGAAUUUGGGGGUCAAUGGAUUCCAGCAACCCCAGCCAAGCCCAUCCCUUUUGGGCUUUCUAAUGAGGCUGAGAUGCCCUGUAUGACACAUUUGGCUUUAAAUUCUCCGGCGAUCAAUGGUGGUGGUAUUGGCCGGAAACAGGGGAUGAAUGCUGAGAUCUUGAAUUGGAAUCGGUUUUUUUUUAAUGGUAAGAUCUCAUCGCCAGCGAACUGGGAGUCCGGCAGUAGCCGGGGAUUGCCGCCGUUAUCACCGAAAUCUCAGUAUAGAGCUCCAUUUCCUUUCUCGCCAAAUCUCAACUCAUUGCCUGAGUAUAACAAUGCGAGUAGAGUUUUUAGUGAGCAAAUGGCCUCUCCGGCAACCCCAGCAACAAUGGAGAAGAACCAGAGGCAGAGGAUUCAAGAUCAUCUUCCUUGUGAAAUCAUCGAUUUGGAUCCGAUUGAUGAACCAACUAGCUUCCAUGAUCUUUUAAGAAAAAAGUCUGAAAAGCCUCGUGAAAUUAUUGAUUUGGAUUCUGUUGAUGAACCAACAGCAAGCUAUCAGGAUCUUUUGUGGAAUGAGUGUGGGAAAGUGCAGCAGGAACAAUGUGUUUUUAACCAAGGUGAGAGAAACAUGGUACUAAAUUCAGCUGAAGAAGUCAUUGUACAGCAAGCUGAGGGAGAUAAUCAAGGCAUAGACUUGAAUAAGACACCUCCGCCAAAAACUAGAAGAAAGAAGUAUACUCCGAAGGUGAUUAGAGAAGGGAAGCCGGCAAGAACACCAAAGAAGCCAGCAACUCCUAAGCCUCCAAUGACAGCAGAAAAUGCUGCAGGCAAGAGGAAAUAUGUGAGAAAGAAGAAAGAUGGAAGUCCACAAGAAAAUGCCACAAAUGCACAAGAGGCUCCCAAAAGUGCACCAGGGCAAAUUGUUAAUGAUGAUAAUAGAAAUAGGAAUAAGACCGUUAGGCGUAGUUUGAAUUUUAAUUCCGAAGAUACUCAAGCUGUAGAUCCAUUAGCAGGAUCAGGGUCGAUGGCAUUCAGACAUAAUGUAUUAGAAACUCAAGGUCAAGAAGCACAGAAUGUAUCACAAACUGUUGUUAGGUCGCAAACUGCAUCAGCUGUGCAUUGUUCUCAAGGGCAAGGCUCAGUGAUUUUGGAGAGGCCAAUUGGGGGAUUUAACAAUUCAACAAGCCGAUUCACAAACGAGAAUUUAAGAACCCCCCAAAUCCUAAAUCAGGCUCUUGAGUCUUCGAGGCAAGAAAUGUUGAAAUUGAAAUGGCAAGUUGAUUUUGAGAGGAUGAGAAGUAACAUGAACUCAAAUCAGCAGUCUGCAAGAAGAGAAGGCAACUGGGAGAGACAUGGACAAGAUGGUCAGAGACAUGGACAAGAUGGUCAAAACCAGGUUGCUUCAAAUACAAACUCAAUGUCUAAUAUUGUCCAUAAAGUUCAGGUUGGAGCAAAUAUGAGUUUAACCCAGGAGAAUUAUGGUAGCAGUAUUGAUCCAUGUUUUCGUGAUAUUCAUAAGAGAAGGAAAGUAGAGAAUGGUCAGAGAGGAAUCACACCUUAUUCUUCUUCUAUGUCAGCUUUAACUCCUAGCGGUUGGAAAGCUACACAGAAGAUGCAAAAUACAAGUCAUAUUUUCAUCCCAUAUGCACAAAGGAGGAUGCCCCUUGAGCAAAUCCUAUCUCAAAAGCACAUGUUGGAGAUUGCUGAAAAUGAGAGGGAGAAAAGUUACAGAGAAGUUCAAAUUGACAGACCAAUCUUAACUCCUAUGAAGCAAUUCGGUCUUGAUAAAAUAAACAGCAUCCAACCCCCAACUCCUGAAAAGACACUGGCAUGCAAUAAUAGUCACGAAAAUGGGACUUAUGGACCGAGAGCUCGUGUUGACCUCCUUAUCACAAAGCAAAAGAAACCAAGAGGUAGAAGGCAGAAGAAUAAGGAACAAGAUCCUGAUGUUAAUUUGUUGACCAAAAAUGCGAACCAAAUUGUAUCGUACAGGGACCCAAUAGAGGAAAUUGUUCAAAAACUAAGGGAUAUGGACAUAAAUGGUGCCCAUGAAAUUGUUUCAAUUCAACAACAAAGUGCAAUAGUUCCUUAUGUUGGUGGAAGCGGCACAAUGGUUUUAUUUGAGGGUCCAAUUGAUCUUAUAAAAAAGAGGAAACCUAGGCCAAAGGUUGAUUUGGAUCCCGAGUCAGAUAGAGUGUGGAAACUUUUGAUGGGAAAGGAAAGCAAUGAAGGUGAAAAUGGAACAGAUAUGGAAAAGGAGAAAUGGUGGGAGGAAGAAAGACGAGUUUUUCGUGGUCGUGCUGACUCAUUCAUUGCUCGGAUGCAUUUGAUCCAAGGUGAUAGGCGCUUCUCUCGGUGGAAGGGAUCGGUUGUAGAUUCGGUCAUUGGCGUCUUUCUUACACAGAAUGUUUCAGACCAUCUUUCAAGCUCUGCAUUCAUGUGCCUUGCUGCAAGAUUUCCUCCUCAAUUAAAUGGGACAGUAAGCAGACCUAUGUUUGUCGAUGACACUAUCAGACAUCAAGGGGAAGCAACAGAGCCAGAAAUAUGCGAUCAAAGAGGGAUCAAUGGAUCUAAGCAAAAACAGAAUAACGAAACUGCCAACAGUAAUGAAUCACUUGAAAGCAGUUUAGGUUCUUCCGCAACCAUCAGUAGUUGUACAAGUGCAGUAGAAGGCAACAAUAGAAAAUCACUGGAGGAUGUUGUUUCAUCACAGAACUCUGUAGCUUCAUCUGAAAAUUCUUCAGUGUCUCCAGUUAAAACAACCGAUCAAAGCAAACUGAGUCCACCAUUGAAUUUUGAAGCUGCUGAGUUGCUAACUGGAGGUAGAGACCAUGGUUUUGGUUCAUUCAGAGAGCUUCUUGAAAUGGCAGAUGAAGGAGUAUUGAAUGACCUGAAAGAUACUGGAAAUGGAAGCAUGUUAUUGGGGGGAGAUGACAGUAUGAUUAAUUGGUCCAUAGCUCUUAGGAUGGACAAGAGUCUAUCAGCCCCAAAUGGACCUAUUGAUCUUAAUGGUUCAUGCCCAUCCAUUGAUACACCUUUUUCCCAUAUCCAUCCAGAAUUUCAGAAAUUUUCAACCUCCAGGUUUGUGGGAAUGGAUAAAUCUGAGGCCAUAAAUGAAAAUAACAUGUCUUAUUUACCUCCGACUGCAUUUGAACUAAACGAGAGGAAUAUAAAUGAAUUAAUGGGUAGGCAUUAUGCUUCAGGCAUAGGAAGUUCAAUCAAUUCUAUGAAUCAGAAUCAGCCGUUGAUUGAUACUAUUGCACCUUGUGCUAAUUCAUUUGGAGGAAUAAGCAAGGAUCCUGCUCAGCCAUUGAGGCCUCUUCAAAAUGAGGGCCAUUCUUGCUUUCAAAAUGGGGUGUCUUAUAAUAAAAAUGUUUCUGAUAUAUGUUUAAAUCAACAAGAUGGUAGUGGAGUUAUGCUAAAAAAAAGAGAAAAGUUAGCAGAAACUCAGACUAGUUCAAAUUCACACAAUACGAAUCAAAGGCAUGGUUUUGUUUCUGAAGGUGCAGAGGGAUCAAAUUUAAGAUCCCAUAAGGUUUCAUCUAAAACACAGAACAAAAUAUCAAAGGAGAAGAAUGCAAAAGCUGAGACUGAGAAGAAAACCUAUGAUUGGGAUUGUCUUAGAAAGCAGGUAUAUGGAAAUGGUGCCAAGAAAGAACGGAACAGUGAUGCAAUGGAUUCACUGGACUACGAGGCACUAAGGAAUGCAAAUGUGAAUGAAAUAUCUAAUACAAUUCGAGAAAGAGGAAUGAAUAAUUUGCUUGCAGAGCGAAUCAAGGACUUCCUCAAUCGUCUGGUCAGAGAUCAUGGAAGCAUAGAUCUCGAAUGGUUAAGGGACAUUCCCCCAGACAAAGCCAAGGACUACCUUCUUAGCAUAAGGGGCCUGGGGCUCAAAAGUGUUGAAUGUGUUCGGCUUUUGACACUUCACCAUCUAGCUUUUCCUGUUGACACAAAUGUUGGUCGGAUUGCCGUAAGGCUGGGAUGGGUCCCACUUCAACCCCUGCCUGAGUCCCUUCAGUUGCAUCUUUUAGAAAUGUACCCUAUAUUGGAGACGAUUCAAAAGUACCUGUGGCCUCGGCUGUGUAAGCUUGACCAGAGGACAUUAUAUGAGCUGCACUAUCAGUUAAUUACUUUUGGCAAGGUUUUCUGUACAAAGAGCAAACCAAAUUGCAAUGCCUGCCCAAUGAGAGGAGAGUGCAGACACUUUGCAAGUGCAUUUGCUAGUGCGAGGCUUGCUCUUCCAGGACCGGAGGAGAAACGUUUAGUGAGCUCAACAACUCCUUUUUCUUCAGAGAGAAGCCAUGGCCCAGUGCCCAGGCCAUUACCCCUACCUCAACAUGAAUCAAGCACUCACUUGCGGGAGCAAAUUGUACCCAGAAAUUGUGAACCUAUCAUUGAGGAACCUGCAACUCCUGAACCUGAGUGUAUUAAAGCAUUAGAAAUUGAUAUCGAAGAUGCUUUUUAUAAUGACCCCGAUGAAAUCCCGGGAUUUAAGCUUAACAUGGAGGAGUUCAGUCAGAAUUUGCAGAGCUAUGUGCAAGAUGGUGAUAUGUCAAAAGCUUUAGUUGCUUUAACUCCGGAAGCUGCGUCUAUCCCCGUGCCUAAGCUGAAGAAUGUCAAUCGGUUGCGUACAGAACACCAAGUAUAUGAACUUCCAGAUUCACAUCGUCUCUUGGAAGGAUUGGACAAAAGGGAGGCAGAUGACCCAUGUCCGUAUCUUCUAGCUAUAUGGACUCCAGGUGAAACUGCUCAAUCCAUUGAGCCCCCAACGGCAUGCUGCAAUACCCAAGACACCGGUAAAUUGUGUUUCAAGGAUACAUGCUUUAGUUGCAAUAGUAUACGAGAAGCGCAAGCGCAGAUGGUCAGAGGGACACUUUUGAUACCGUGUCGGACAGCAAAUAGAGGAAGUUUUCCACUCAAUGGCACAUACUUCCAAGUGAAUGAGGUCUUUGCAGAUCAUGAAUCUAGUCGGAAUCCAAUUGAAGUUCCUAGGGACUGGAUAUGGAAUCUACCAAGGAGAACUGUUUAUUUUGGAACCUCUGUAUCAUCAAUAUUUAAAGGGCUUACUACUGAAGGGAUACAAUACUGCUUUUGGAGAGGUUUUGUGUGUGUCAGAGGAUUCGAUCGAACAUUAAGAGCACCAAGGCCUCUCUUCGCAAGGCUACACAUCGCAGCGAGCAAGGUAAUAAAAACCAAAAGGACUGGAGCAGAAGCAAGAAAUGAUGAAUAACACUUCACAGAAGAAAGCUAACAAAAACUAACAAAUUGUUCUUGGACUCAUGGCAUCUCUAACCAUGAACUCUACCGCAACCAUAAGCUUUUAACAUUUAUCGGUUAAUUCGGUGGCGGGAGAGGCUGACCGUUGGUCUUCUAACAUUAUUCUUUUGUUCCAUUUAAUGCUUAGCAGCUGAGCCAUUCUUGAAAAAAAUGGAGGAAGCAUAUCGAAGAAGUAUCCUCCAAGUAUAAUAAUACAUGCAAAAGAGAUAGGCAAGAAGUUUCUAUACCAAAAUUUAGUUGUAUUAACUGGGUCCUUGUAUCAUAAUGUUUCAACAGGCAAGUUUUCGAGUCCUAUAUUGGGAUAUUAUGGCUGAAUAUAGCUUGAUCAUGUCAUGAACUGUGCAACUUGAAUCUCUGUCUCAAAUAAGUGAAAUCAUCCUGAAGGAUGUAUGUGAUUCAAUGUUACUGUCAUUCUUUUACAUGAAAUUCUGAUUCAUUUGUUUUAUUA